UACGAAACGACGACUCGGCGCUGCUCGCUGCGCCUCGGUCAAUCCGCGACUAGUAUGGCGCUACGCGCUCCGACACGGCAUCGUACGUAGCGUGCUCGUCGUUCUAAGGGCUCGUGCACCUCGGCCAACCCCCUGGUGAAAACUGGAAAACGCGUGCGAAUCGGCAUAUUUGUCCACCCCCCGACGACGUUAACCGAGCUGAAAGCACCGCACCGAUUCUCGACGAGUGUUCGGACACAGUGGCGGAGGGCAUGGUUUCGCGCGGGUAAAAAGUAAACGAACGAAAGCGAGAGGGAAAUCCCCGACGUUGUUUUCGAAGUCCACCACCGGCCAGACAGAGAGACGUCGACCGACGGAGACAGCUAGCGCGAGUCAGAGGCCAACCGUUCAACCGCGUGCACGCUGACCCGGUGCGGAGGAGAUCGCCGUGGACGCCGGGUGGUAAACGCUUGAUUGCGUUGCGGUAGCACGGACCUGCGUUAAGCGUUCGCCAGUAAUAAGUGAAAUGAUAACGUCGUUUGCCGCGAUACGGAGCACGAGGGCAGAUGGUACCAGCGGCAGGUGUCUGGUCCGGCGCGGGCUGUGAGCCAACGAUGCGAGAGGAUCCACCAGACAGGACAGAGAAUAGUGAACGGCCACGCACACAUCGCCAGGUCCCCCAACGCAGGGGCUGAAAAAAGUAACCAGGUACACAAAAGAAAAACGAUAGAGAGAAAGAGAAAGAGAAAGAGAGAGAGAGAGAGAGAGAAGGACAGAGGAGCUCUGCGUGUCAACUGCACAGCUGAUCGCUGAUAAACAUGAAAGUGCCCGCCGCGUGUGACGCUUACGUUCUCGAUUAAUACCGUAGAGCCUGCUUGCGUUACCUUCCCGGGUGCUUUGAAUAGCCGUUCUCGCUAAUUAGAGAUCGCUAGGAAAGGUUGAGAGCAAAAUGGCAUGUCCUUUUUCACGUGAGCGCUUCAAAGCAAGGUGCGACGAGGGUAGCGAGACCCAGGGCAACAGCAGACAGACCAUCACUAGAUUGGGACGGGAUGACGGGGGCAAGUCCAGGCAAUCGUCUUUCGAGGUCUCGUCGUUGCUGAUGAGGGAGGAGAUGGAGGACCCAGAGGACACGCAGACGCUUAAUCUGAAGCACCUGAGGGCCGCUGUACUCGUGCUGACCAACCCAUCGAACGAGGUGGUUUCCGUGGCUCUGGGGGCCCUUUUGAGCAAAGGAGAGGAGCAGCUUUCAUUCGCGAGGUCGCUCGAGAAACUCCUGUAUAAUAUCGAUGCGGAAGAGAACUAUAACUUACUGGAAGACAUUUACGAGACUCUAAAUUAUCACUCCGAUGUAGACGUGAGCACGUUUUUCGAUCAUCUCGGCCAGGAGCUGAUCUACACUGCUUGCGUUGGUCUUCUGGAACGAGCGUUCCGUUGCCUCGGGAACGAUCUGACAGCCUUUCUGACCACUCUCGACGGCGUAAACGACGUUGUACAACACCAGUCCGGAUCAGAAGCUGAAGCAGAGUUCGUGUGUAUCGCUACGCCAGAAGCGAUAGAACUCCACUUUACAACCGACCACCCGUCUGUCGCUUAUUUGCUGGUCGGUAGCUUGAAAGGCAUCGCCAGGCAGUUUUAUAACGACAAUGCUAACGUGUACAUUCUACCUGAUCCGUACAAUACGAAAUUUUUUAGGUAUCGCAUCACGCCAGAACGUUACAGCGGGCACCUGGCCGUCGAUUCGAAGAUCGACAACAAUCACGACACCGUCUCGUCUCAUUUCCGUCCACUCUCGACCGAGGCCACGGACCUCCGCAUGGGGGUCGGGAGCUUCUGCAAAGCAUUUCCAUGGCACUUCGUCGUCGAUCGACAAUUGGAGCUUGUGCAGCUCGGGGUCGGAUUCAUGAGGAUUUUCGGGCAUCAUCUGAACCGAUUGGGGCGAGAGAUAUCGACCUACUUCGUUUUCACACGGCCGCGCGGGGUUACUCUGACCUUUCACGAGAUACUGAAGCGCGCAAACACGCCUUUUGUGCUGACCCUACAGAGACCGCAGGGCGUCGAUAAAUACCCCGCAGAGGGCUUAGAGAUGAAAGGUCAAAUGGUCCAUUGUCCUGAAUCGGAUUCCAUCCUAUUCGUGAGCUCGCCAUUCCUGAACGGCCUGGAAGGCCUGACUGGCAGAGGACUUUUUAUAUCCGAUAUUCCACUACACGACGCUACGAGGGACGUGAUUUUGGUGGGGGAACAAGCCAGAGCGCAGGAUGGUCUAAGGAGACGAAUGGACAAAUUAAAGAGCUCUAUAGAGGAAGCAAAUCUCGCUGUGUCCGCAGAAAGGGAAAAGAACGUCAGCUUGCUUCAUCUCAUAUUCCCUCCAGAUAUUGCGAAACGGUUAUGGUUGGGAGAAACUAUCGAGGCGAAAACCUACCCCGAGGUGACGAUGCUUUUUAGUGACAUCGUUGGUUUCACGGAAAUAUGUUCCACCGCGACCCCGAUGAUGGUCAUCAACAUGCUUCAGAAUCUUUACGAGCAGUUCGACUCGUUCUGUGGCCAGUUGGACGUUUAUAAGGUGGAAACAAUCGGAGAUGCCUAUUGCGUUGCGUGCGGCCUUCAUCGCGAUACCCAUAUACAUGCACAACAAAUAGCUUGGAUGGCUUUGAAAAUGAUACAAGCAUGCUCUAAUCAUUUGACUCACAAGGGUAAACCAAUAAGGAUGCGCAUUGGGAUUCACACUGGGAUGGUGCUGGCAGGCGUUGUCGGAAAGAAGAUGCCCAGGUACUGUCUCUUCGGACACAACGUUACUUUAGCAAACAAAUUCGAAUCCUUAAGCGAGCCACUUCGUAUCCACGUUAGCCCAACGACGUACAUCUUACUGAAACACCCCGUAACAGGAUUCGACCUGGAGUCACGAAGCAAGGAGUUCUUACCUAAGGAAUUUUUAGCUAACACCGAGGGACCCUCGUAUUUUCUCAACGAUUACAAGCACAAGGACGUCGACGUCAGCCUCCCUCUCGAUCUUCACAUACAGAACGCGAUCAGGGAAUGCGAACUCGCCGUCAGCAUGUAGAUAUAUUCGAUUCGAAGCAAUCCCGACGAGCGCGCGUCGUUCGAAAAUUGUCGCUGUACCAAUCGCUACUGUCCGUAAUUACAAUAACUUCGGCAACAUCUAUGAAUUCACAAAACCGGCACUGUGUAGCGACGCUAAUUCUACCAGCCUAACGGUGACCCGCGAGCCGAUAAUAUUUAUACGCAGAGUUUUAGAUUACAAUUAUUAUAUACUUAUGACCAUAUGAGCAAAUAAAUCUGUAUGAUAAAGUA